UCUUCUCCUCUCUCUUCUCCCCUCUCUCUUCUCCCCUUUCUCUUCUUCAUCACAGUUCCAUAGUCAAAUCAUCGAAAAUGCUAUUAUUACUAUGGUAUCUUAUACCAACUCUAUUCGCUACAUUAGCGAGUGGCGUUGAGCCCUCGUCAACCUCCAAUUUCCGCUCUGGUCUAGGUCAAGCGCUUUUAGAAAAGGGCGUCAUCACGUCUGAUUAUCUGCAUGAGCUUCUCGUAGGCCUAAACAGGCAAGAUCAAGAUAUAUGCUCGUGUUCACUAGCAUGUAACACCCUCGCCAGCAUAUUCGGCCCCUCUAGCGUCGACCUUCCCGGCUCAGCUUCCUACGAAGCGUCGCGUUCCAGCUUCUGGUCGCUGCAGCAGUCGCAGGACACGUACCCGCGGUGCUUCGUCCGCCCGGCCGACGCCGAAGACGUGUCUGUCGCCAUCCUACUAUCUCGCGUUACCGAGUGCCCCUUUGUCGCUAAAGGGGGUGGUCACGCCGCUUUUCGAGGUGGUUCGAAUAGCGACGGGGGCAUCACUAUCGAUUUCGCGCAGAUGAAGCACGUAGACAUAAGCCCCGAUGGGAAAUCCGUGGCAAUUGGGCCGGGGAACACUUGGUUGGAUGUGUACACGGCGUUGGAGAAGGUUAAUUUGACGAUGGCGGGGGGUCGUACAGCGAAUGUUGGGGUAGGUGGAUUGGCACUGGGCGGGGGGAUUUCAUUCUUCAGUGGUGAGCACGGAUGGACCUGCGACAACAUGCUCAGCUAUGAAAUCGUCCUCGGGUCAGGAGAAAUCCUAACCGUCGACUCCAACACGCACCCCGACUUAUUCUGGGCCCUCAAAGGCGGCGGCAGCAACUUUGGCCUCGUCACCCAGUUCGUCGCGAGCACACUCCCGCACGAGCAGAUGUGGGGUGGGUUCCUCGGGUGGGAGAUGCACAGCGCGAAGCCCGCCUUGAUCGACGCGAUGCUGAACUAUGCCGAAAAGGGGUCUGUGCAAGAUCCGCAUGCGGCACUUAUCGUGUCGUUUGCCUAUGCCCAGCCUUACAAGAUGUGGAUUUCGUCCAUCAUCGUCGGUCACACGGAUCUGCCUCCACCAGGGGAGCAUCAUCCCCCAGUUUUCGACGACUUCUUUCGUGUGGAAAACAUGCUCCAGGACACGACGAGGAUCACGUCGCAUUCGAACCUCACGGUUGAGAUCGCAAUCGUCAACGCCUCCGGCCGACGACAGAGCUUGUGGGACCUCACCACGUACGUGGACAAGCAGCUGGUGUUGGACAUCCUGACGAUCUUCCAGGAGGAAUCAGCCCCCAUCUUGAAUCUGACGGGCUUCUGCCCCUCCAUAAGCUUUCAGAUUAUAACGGUCCCCCAGCUCCGCGAGAUGGACCGCCACGGUGGCAACGCGCUCGGCAUUAGCGGCGGCACGGACCCGCUCUUGCUUAUAACCCCAUCGCCCUUUUGGCAGCUUCGCUCGGACGAUGCGCAGGUGCUGACGUCCACGUCGAACAUCAUGUCUCGGGUGCGGGAGCUGGCAAGGGAACGCGGGCUAGAUCACCCCUUUCUGUAUAUGAAUUACGCGAGCCAGUUCCAGGAUCCGUUAACGAGCUACGGGGGCAAGAACAAGGCUAGGUUGGAGGAGAUAGCGGGGAGAUACGACCCGCAGCGCGUUUUCCAGGAGUUGAAUCCGGGGUAUUUCAAGUUUCAGGGGGCGCCGGUACAGUGGGCUGGUGGGGAGAGUUGAUGGUGAGGUAAGUCCGUUGGACAGAUAUGUUGAUAUGUUGGUUUGACGAAUAAUUUCAAAAGGAGUAUACGACGAGAGGUAGAGUUGGCUUGACAUGGGGGUAAUUAUAUCGUAGGUAGGCGCUGUCGUGAUAUGGUACCUACCUAGGGUAUAUAACUCGAACCUAUAUCAAGAAAUCAACUGAAUUGCAGGUACACCUUGCGUAGCAGGCAGGAAGGAGGGUUACGGGUACAUCUUGUCUAGGUACCUGCCUACAUAGUGUGGUUGAGCAAAGCCUUCAAGGUCUGGAUUUGAACUACGUGUACGUAACGAAUCUGCAGCAGGA